AUGUUCGAGGACUUUUCCUUCUCCUCGCCCUCCUCGACGAGGCCCCCUCGUCUCGCCAUUGACAGCGACGACCGCCUUAUGGUCGACUGCGACACCACCCUCAUCUCGCCCAUGUCCUCGCGCUGUCCCUCCCCGCGCACCUGCAACCCCCCCGCAACAGCCUCACAUCGCUUCCCGCGGAGUCUAUCGCGCGCCCGCUCCCUCCAAUUCCACCGCUCCCCGCAACAGGCGCCCACCUCUGUCCCCCUCUCCGCCUACGAGAACUUCCUCCACAACAAGCGCCUCUCCAUCACCACCCUGACGCAAAAGCUCCACGAACACUCCCUCCACUCCCAGUCGGCCUCGCCCUCCCCGCGCCCCGCCGACCUCCCCAUGGACACCCCGCCCCAAUCCGCAACCUCCGACUCCUUCCCCGGCUACGUGCUCACACCCCCGGACACCGAACACGGCGACAACACCGACGACGACCUCGACGAGGGCUUCUUCGACUCGUUCCCACCCCCCGGCGCACAACGCCCUCCCUCCCCAUCAUCCUCCCCAUUCCUCAGCCCGACCUCCGCCCCAGCCGCAGACUCCAUUCUCCUCCCCCCAGUCGACCCCCAGCCCGCGGAUCCCCAACCCGCCCUCGACAGCUGGUCCAUCCGCUCCCAAAGACAACACAUCUCCCGCAUGCAAUGCAACCCCUCCACAAUCGACGCCAUGCGCCGCGCCGUCCUCACCGAGCCUCCCACAUCCUCCUCCUACUUCCCCCCCACCUGGUCCUUCCCAGACACCACCACCACCACCAACAACAACACCAACACCAACAUAAACACCACCAACCACCUCAACGACGACUGCCACCCCAGCUCCCUCCCCCCGCAACAAUCCCCCCGCCGCCGCGCCUCCACCCUCCACCGCCACACUAGCCGCUUCCGCCCCUCCCCGCCCUCAACAGCGUCCGAAUCCUGCGACUCCUCUUCCUCCCGCAACAGGCGCAAAAGCAGCCCCAUCUCGGCGCUCGCAGCGCAGUCGCACGGCGGAAGCCGCAUCGAGAAACACUACCACCAUGCUUCGGCGGCGGAGAUGCGCAAGAAGAGUGAGCAAGGGUUGAGGAGGAAGAGUCUUGUUAGUGCCGCUUUGGCGUCGAUGGUGGAGAAUAUGCCGAUUGAGUAG